CCCAAAAUUUAUACAAACCCUCUGUUGUCAUUGUGCAAAGAUUGUCCCCAGCUGCUUGUGUUUGAACAGACAAAUAUUUGGACCUCAGAAUGUCCUGUUAUUUAAUUUAUCCAAUGAUGUACCUCACUCAUUUUGCCUUUCUAGAAGAAUUAUAAGGCUUGUUAAUAGUACCACUGAUCAUGUAACUCAGUAACUGAAUAUUCUUAAGAUAUGAUUAAAUAUUUCUAGACAUGGUAGGGACAUUGAAAGAUUCAGUUGAGAAGAUGGAAUAUUCUUAAAGUUUACCAUUUAUUGAUGGUGUCCUCGUCUAAGUUACUAACUUAUGAAUUGUAAGUAACAUGAACCUUGUUCUGACAGCUGGGAUGAAUGGGUUACUGUGGAUCGGUUGAUGAAAUUUACCCCAGAGAAUCUAGAGAAACAGAAAGCCAUGAAAAAACUGGAUGCAGACAACAAGAAUAUAAAGCUGGGGCGUGCAACGCAGAUUAAACCACGAAGUUCUAAUGUUCCAAGGGGCAAAAAGCGAAAGGCUGACUCUGUCAUUAAGGAAAAGGGUGCUGUACCUUCGGAGAAGCUUGUGAAUCUUCAAAUUCCACCUACACUAAAGAAGCAGCUUGUUGAUGAUUGUGAAUUUAUUACUCAUCUGGGAAAGCUUGUUAAACUACCACGAAAUCCAAAUGUGGACGAGAUUUUGAAGAAUUAUCUUGAUUAUAGAUCUAAGAAAGAUGGCAUGGUGGCUGAUUCCCUUAAAGAAAUUCUUAAAGGGAUACAAUGCUACUUUGACAAAGCAUUGCCAGUGAUGCUUUUAUACAAAAGUGAGCGCCAACAGUAUGAAGAUGCAGUUGGAGACGAUACCUCCCCCUCCUCUGUAUAUGGGGCUGAACAUCUACUACGCCUCUUUGUUAAGUUGCCUGAGUUAUUGUUCUAUGCAAACAUUGAAGAGGAGACACUGUUGGAACUGCAGCAAAAAUUAGUUGACUUUCUCAAGUUCCUGCAGAAGAAUCAGGGUCUCUUCUUUCUCUCCACUUACCAUGUAGCAGAAGAUGUUGAGACAAGCACCAAUAACCAGGAUAACUAAAUGAGGAUAUAAAACCAUCACUUUGUGCAUAUGUCAUUAUGGGACACUAUAGAUUGUAGAUUUCAAAUCAUUUUUAACCUGUCCUUACCUAUAGUCUAAAAAUGCUUUGAAACCCAAGAUGUUCGGGUUUCUACUUAUUAGGCAGUUUGUAAGAGCAUGUAAGUCCUGAUAGAGUUUGACUUGAAGAAUCUGCUCCAACCGCAUGCCAUGUAAAGUUUGCAAGACGAUUUCUGCAGGCUGUGUUGAGCUCUAAUGAACAUGCAAGAACUAGUAUACUAAUUCAAAUGCUCAUUGUGAGUUGUGAAACUGUCUUCCAUGUCAGACGCAUAUGUGGCCACUAUAGCGAUCACGUGGGAUGAGGCCUAUGUUUGCGGGUCGUGAGUGGUUAGUCUGAAUGGCAUUAUAUGCUUGUCUUCCGUUUGCGGGUGGUUUUUCCUUAAUCUGAUGUGAAAGUUAGCUGGCAGCUAAUAAUACCGAGGGAGUUCAGGGAUAUCAAAUUACUCGUUGACUUUGUUGAUCACAGCAAUCAACAAUCAGACAUUUAUACAUCUUUGACAACGGAAACUGAAUGCUUAUCUUGGUGAUUCAUCUUUUACAAUUGACAUCGACCCUCCAGAUUCUGUAAUUCAAUGACUCUAUUCCUUUAGAGCUGGAAAAUCAGAAAAAGUCAAGUUGAACAGUGUGUUUCAGACUUUCAGACCAGUAGUUCAGCAUUGAUGAUUUUGUAAUGACUGCGGAAGCUAGCAUGCGAUGAAGGACAAAUGAAAGGGUAAAGUAGAAUCUGGAAAUAUACCUUCUGUUUGUAGGUUGUUAAAAUUCAUUUUCUUUUUUUCCUUUUAUAUUUGUCUUUAAAUUAAGCAAAGUUGAAUCCCCCUUACAAGUUGGCUGAUGCAGGGCAAUAUUUGAUGUUGUAGGGGAAUCAUGGCCAAUUCAAUCUUACAAU